GGGCCCGGCAGAGUGGGGACCGGAAGCGCGUGCUUUGUCGCGAGUCGCGUGGGACUGGGCAGGGGCUGUGCGCGCUGCUGGAGGUAGCUGUGGGCACCGGGGGAGGAGACGCUCACUCUCGGGCAUCCCUAGGCCCCUGGUGGCACCUGGAACUGGAGCCCAACGGGCCCUUCCUUCCGGGGUUGCUGAGAAAGAGGAAGGACCUGGUGUCACCCACGCACCCGCGGGCCUGCCCUGCCGGGCUCUCUCAUCCUGCAGCCCUCAGGCUCCCUGCUCCAGGGCGAGGAGGGGAGCGCCAGGCACGGCUGGGGGCUGAGCUGCACGUGGAGGUGCAGCUGAGCGGGGGUGCGACUAGCAGCGGGGACUGGGCGCUUGUGCUGGACGCUCUGCAUAUUGCUGCCUUCACGUUAGGGGUGCCCGUGUGUUUUAUGGAGCCCUUGGCCCUCCUGAGACUGUCCCCCUACCGAGAGCUGUGCGGCCUGCUCAGUGCCCUUCCAACAGUCUGGAUUGGCGUUAGGAAAGAGGUGUGCAAGAGGGCGAGCUGCUUUGUCCAGGGCAUGGAGCUGGUCAGGGCCAAGACCACAGGGCAGCGUGGGGUGGUGGCUGGCUUAGGGGUGCUCGACUACUUGCUGUCCCCCUACCGAGAGCUGUGCGGCCUGCUCAGUGCCCUUCCCACAGUCUGGAUUGGCGUUAGGAAAGAGGUGUGCAAGAGGGCGAGCUGCUUUGUCCAGGGCAUGGAGCUGGUCAGGGCCAAGACCACAGGGCAGUGUGGGGUGGUGGCUGGCUUAGGGGUGCUCGACUACUUGGUAAAUACCACAGAUCUCACCAAGGCUGGCAGGAAUGGACCAGAGGUCUGUCCCGAGAUCCUUCCGGUCAUCAUGAAUGCGCAGAGUGACGAGGAAGGGGACGCCACCCCAGGAGAUGGAAGCGCAAGAGAGAGCGGCAUGUUCGCUAACAGCGUCGAGGCCGAGAGGGAGAGUUUCUUUGAAGGAAAGAAUAUGGCGCUUUUUGAGGAGGAGAUGGACAGCAACCCCAUGGUGUCGUCCCUGCUCAACAAGCUGGCCAACUACACCAACCUGAGCCAGGGCGUGGUGGAGCACGAGGAGGACGAGGACAGCAAGAGGCGGGAGGUCAAGACCCCACGCAUGGGCACCUUCAUCGGCGUCUACCUGCCCUGCCUGCAGAACAUCCUAGGUGUGAUCCUCUUCCUGCGCCUGACGUGGAUUGUGGGGGCGGCAGGCGUGCUCGAGUCCUUCCUCAUCGUGUCCAUGUGCUGCACCUGCACGAUGCUCACCGCCAUCUCCAUGAGUGCGAUUGCCACCAAUGGUGUGGUCCCAGCUGGAGGCUCGUACUACAUGAUAUCCCGGUCUCUGGGGCCCGAGUUUGGAGGGGCCGUUGGCCUCUGCUUCUACCUGGGCACGACGUUUGCAGGGGCCAUGUACAUUUUGGGGACCAUUGAGAUUUUUCUGACCUACAUCUCCCCCAGUGCAGCGGUCUUCCAGGCAGAGGCUGUGGAAGGCGAGGCGGUCGAGGGCGAGGCGGUGGCCCUGCUGAACAACAUGCGUGUGUACGGGACAUGCACUCUGGCGCUCAUGGCCCUGGUGGUCUUCGUGGGUGUCAAGUAUGUCAACAAGCUGGCCCUGGUCUUCCUGGCCUGUGUGGUGCUGUCCAUCCUGGCCAUCUAUGCCGGUGUCAUCAAGACCGCCUUCGAUCCCCCAGACAUCCCGGUCUGUCUCCUGGGGAACCGCACGCUGUCAAAACGCAGCUUCGACGUCUGUUCCAAGAUGCACGUUGUUGCCAACAACACGGUGACCACUGCGCUCUGGGGCCUCUUCUGCAACGGCUCCCGGCCCAGCGCCACCUGCGACGAGUACUUUGCACAGAAUAACGUCACCGAGAUCCAGGGCAUCCCGGGUGUGGCCAGUGGUGUCUUCCUGG